AUGGCGGCACAUCUCGUGAAAUACCUCGAAAGUAAGACAGACGUUCGACGCAUCUAUUUGACCGAUCUUGAGGCGCGAGUUGCGUGGCUAGAGUCCAUUGUUCGGGACAGAUGUCCAGAUGUCGACCUCAACUCAGGGCCGGGGCGGCCAUCACGAGCUCACUCAUCAACGCUUGAGCGUGGUCAAUCGUCAUCGCGCCAGGGCUCUCAGGAGUCUCCGGAUGAAUCGUCGCCCCAUGAGAUCACAGAGCAGAUGAGCUUGAUAUCCAUAUCAGGUGGCUCUGAUCUUCGAUACCUCGGACCCUCCAGCGGCCUCUUCUUCACCAAAUUCGUGCUUGCGGGCUUAGCACAUGUUGCAGACAUCGAGACGGUGAACCUCCGCGGCUCCGCGGGCAAUGAUGAGGAUGCGCUUCUCCCUGGGGAUUUAGUUGACCUGCAGGCCAAGGACUUCCCAAAUGACAAGAGGCAGACCAUGUUCCUCACCCAGAUAUACUUUGACUCCGUUCACCUGCAGUUCCCUUUCCUUCACGAACCUUCACACCACGCCAUCAUUCACAAGCUUUACAACGGAGAGACUCUGGAUCCGCUAGAGGAGUUUCACGCAUUCAUGGUCCUGGCCAUUGGUGCUACCAUCUACGGUCGGCGCUCGAGGCGGCACAUGCUGGGCGAAGGCUAUUAUGCUUCAGCUCUGCAGCGUCUGGACACUGUGUUCAGAACGCCGUCACUCGUCACUUGCCAGUGUCUUCUGCUGCUUGAGAUGUACACCCUUCACGACCCGUCUUCAGGAUUGAGUCUCUGGACGCUUCACUACCACUCUCUGGCAUCGUGUCUCGAGCUGGGCUUGCAUCGUGACGUGCGGAAUACUCGCCAUUUCAACCCUCUUCAGGUGGAGCUUCGCACGAGGAUCUUUUGGUGCACAUAUACCAUCAAUCGGCAACUCUGCACCACAAUGGGACGACCGUUGGGAUUUUUUGAUGAGCAAUGCGAAUUGAGACUUCCCAAGGAUGUGAAUGACGAUGAAUUGACGGAAGAUGGAGUGCGGCCCUCCACAAGACCACCUGGAAGCCUUACAACCAUGACAAGCGCCAUCCACCUCUUCAAAUGGGCGAGAUUUAGUUCUGAGAUUAAGACUGUCUUGUUUUGUACCGAUCGAAACUACCCGCCCUAUGUCAGUCCGGCCAUCACCGAUAUGACAGCCUGGCGGACGGACAUGAUCAGCCGCCUGCAAAAAUGGCGAGAGGAGAUUCCCAGGCACGCCGAGGGAGAGCGCACGUACUACCUGAAUGAUCUCUGCGAGAUCAGAUACCACGAACUGAUGAUGCUCGUGCUCCGUCCGAAUCCCGUAUUCCAGAAGCCAACAAAGGCAUCCCUGUCCGAAUGCUUCAGCAGUGCCAUUGCCUGCAGCAAGCUGUAUGCGAAGCUAUACGCCGAAAACCAGCUGCGGUAUGGAUGGCUGACGGUUCACUCACUAUUCCUGUGUAUUAUGACCCUGUUUUACUGCGUCUGGACACCCGACGGUAUUGCGGACCAGGUCAAUUUCGAUUGCUUGACUACUUCUUUGAAGGCCGCAUCGGAUAUUCUCAGUGCGACGGGAGAGUACUGGCCUGAGGCGAAGCGAAGCCGUGAUGUCUUGGAUCGAAUCUUUUCGGCGACCAUGAGGCGCUUCGCUCCCCGACAAGAAUUCCCGAAAAUGCAACCCCUGCUUUCGUCACAGGGUUCUCAACCCGGAAGCGCCGCGGCAUCAACAAGCUUGUCCGAUAAUAUGAGUAUCUCGCCGCAGGCCGGCAGCAGCUCUUAUGGGGACGGAAUGCAAACAUCAGGGGACGGCAUCGUCUCGGGAUCGGGAGAUGGGCUUUUGCCACUCGGAGACGGGCUGCUACCCCCAGCAGGCCCGGGAUUGGUUUCACAUGGACUGUCUAUGGCAGAUCUCACACCAGCCAUGAAUGCCGACUUCCCCCCUUAUCCGAAUACGACUCUGGACUCUUUCAUGACGACAGAUUGGCUUUCUUACUUUAUGAAUGCAGAGGACUUUGGGAGCAUGAAUAUGGACACUAAUAUGGGAGGCUUUGGCGGACUGGACAUGACGACAGAUCUAUCCGGAUGGUAUCAAGGUGACAUGAGCGUUUUGGGAAAUAUUUAA